AUGACGAACAACUCUCUAACUGGAACGAGUUUCCAUGACCCCUUAGAACGUUCUAUCAGUAAAAUAGGUUUUGAAGUGACCUUGUCCAUUCUUAUUUGUCUCGCCUCCUUCUUCGACAACUUAUUAGUCGUCUAUGUUGUCCGUAAAGACUCCAGACUCAAGAGCUUAACGUAUGUAUUCAUCCACAACUUGGCAUUGUCUGACAUUUCCAUGGCAUCGCUGUACAUGCCCUUUUGGGUAACAAGCCUGUAUACAGGGACUUGGAUUUUUAGCGAAACGUGGUGUGUGUUUCAAGGUGCAAUUUUGGGAACUUUAGCAAUUGCUUCUGCCCUGAAUAUGGGACUUAUCGCCUUUAACAGACAUAUCCGAGUCGUCAAACCAGCGCUAUACAGCAGGCUUUUCCCAAGCAAGAGAGUGGCACGACUCUACUGUGCCCUGGUAUGGAUCGCUUCUCUGCUUCUCGCAACACCGCCAUUAUACGGCUGGGGCAAGAUAGUGUACCAUCCUCUUUUUACUGCCUGCUGUUUUGAUCGGAAAUUCGAAAAUAUUUCAUACGCCAUUGUUAUCGUGGGCAUAGUGUUCAACGGAAGCACAGCUUCAAUAUUUUACUUCUACUACAAUAUUUAUAAGACUCUGAAAGAAAGCACUCAAAAUCUAAAUGCCCAUAGCAUGGAAGAUAGAGCGGCUUCAUCAGGACGUCCUGAAACUGAUAUUAGACUAUUGAAAACCAGUUUCACAGUCGUUUGUGUAUUCCUGAUGACAUGGGGACCAAUUUCUUUUGUUGUGGUUCUUGAGACCGCUGGACGCUCUAUCCCAAGGGAGGUUUUUAUAGCAUCUAUGUACCUUAUGUUCAGUAGUAGUUUAGUAAAUCCAAUUAUAUACGGGAUUAUGAAUCCGCAGUUUAGAGCAGCCUUCGAAAGGGCUUUAACAUUUCGUGGUUACGGCAACAGCCAAAUAUAUGGUUCUAGAUGAAAUGGAACCAAACCUUCCAGGCAACCUUGAUCUUUAGGUAUGAGGGCUCAGAAUGAGCCUCGAGGGCUGCCGUUUUUUAGUGUUCGUGUUGUCGGUGCCACCAUCGUUGACUUUGAAAAGACAGGAGGGUUGGGGAGGGCAGAAAUAGCGACCAACGGGGUGGCUAUUAGGGUAAAGGAACGGAGAAAACUCCUACAUUACAAGCUAACUCGCAAUAUUCCAAUGCAACGAAUGCAACUGAAACAUUUUUCAUUUAAGGGUUACGUUUGAUUGAUUCAACUACCCAAGGGGUUGAAGGCCUGGGUCAAAGGUGUGUUCUGAGGAUAUGAAUGAUUGCCAAUAUCGCUACCUACAACAAAAUGAAUUUUUCCUCAAAAGUAAAUCUGGAGGUUUUCGUGUGCCUCAACGUUUAAUUAUGGUCACCAAAAAUUAAAAACGAAGGAAAUUGGCGAAUCGGUGGUGAAUUCACUUUGUUUGGAUAAACAAAUUGCUAUUUCUGAAAGAGGAUAAACCUAUCUAGCUUUCUACGCUUGGAAUGAAUGUAAGCGAAGUUUAAGUUUUCCCUCAUAAUUUUUCAAUGAAAAGCAAUGGAUGGUCACUGUCCAAACGUUAAGUGUUAGAAAUAUUCAAUAUGGAUUAGAAAAAUGUUAUUACUCGCUUUCUUUUCUUAAACCAGCCACCAAUCAGUCACCAGCACUUGACAUAUCACGUGACUUAUUAACACAAAAUUUAUAUUUAAAUGUUAAAGAAAAUGAGUUCUUUAUGUGCGCCAAAUUUAUAUUCAGCGCCAUCAUCUAUGCCAAAGUUAUAGGCAAUAAUUCAUUUUCCACAGGUAAACCCCUUAGUCCCAGGCCUUAAACUACUUGAGUACUUAAAUAUGCAAAGGUAUCUUAAAACAACAUGUAGCGCAAAGUCAAUCAAAGAAAGAAGCCCAAGGAAAUCAAUGGUUCCUCGAAGGAUCGGUAUUGUACGGUACAAUCAAAAUUCAACCAGUAUAACCAAAACAAAAAAGACUUAAAAAUUCCAUUGAAAGAAAUUAAGCGUGAAGUUAAACCAAUUUUUAUGCAUUUUAGAGAAGAUCCAUCUGACCGAUUGGCAAAACCCGUUUUCAAAAAACGGAAUGAGGGUUAUGAAUUUCAAAUAGGACGACCUUGAUAUGAAAGGUCUAUUGUUUAUUAUUAACCUGUAUACUGUUGCUGGCAGUACCCGAGUGCGUUUACUGCUUGUCGGCGACGGUCGCAAGGGAAAAUCCCAAUUUCACUCACCUCCCAUUUUUCGAGCCGCUUUAACUCCAAAUUCAUUCCGCGGGAUAGUGUUGUGAACAGUCGCGCGGGGCAAGUUUUGCCAGCUACGUAUCCUACUUAGUUUUAUUAGUUGAAGUUAUCAGAAGUCCCAGAUGGAUAGAAGUGGACAAAACCUCGAAAUUUUUCCCAGUUAAAAUGACUUACUUACUUAUGACAGAAACAAACAAAAAAAUAUUUGACUCAGAAAUAUUGAAUACCACGCCUUUCUGGAGGGCCAUAAAACAAACAAAUGAUAAAUGGAAUAUUUGUAAAUGAUGUGAUUAUCUAGACUGAAAAAGAAAAAAAGAAAUAAAAUACCCUGAGGUGCUUCAUUUUUGCGAGUUAUAUAUUUUGCUGUCUCUAUUCUUAUCAUUAAACGUUUAUUUCACAGUCGAAAUUAUAUGUUGUGACAUUCACGGAGUUUCGUUGGUUGAUAGAUUGUGGCACAAAACUUUACUCCGCUGUAGGAGGGAGCAUACUGGUAUAAAUCGACCCCGAGACCAAACGAGGGCGUUACCGAGAAACAACAACAAGUGUUAUUUCGUACAAUGAGUUAAGUCCCCGAAAAUUUUGGCGGAAGACGAAGCGCGGCAUCCUACUGUGACUUUUUCAGUGCCUAGUUUACUACAAAAAGCACAAUAUUAGCUUAGAUUUUGGGAAAUUAUUUACAAAAAAAAAUGGGAAUGAAAUAGGAACGUAGUGCUUUGUUUGUAAACAUUAGCUUAUUUCAGGUGCAGCUCAAAAGAUGAAUAAAAGAAAACAUUGCGUCUUCUAAAUUUCGUAACUGCCAUUUCUAGCGCAAACCGUUCCAUAUUUCUGACCAAAAGAGCUGAAAAAAUAUACUCCUUGGUGCCGCACAUGCCUGUUUAACCUUUUAAAUAAAACAACUUACAUUCAAGUUUCUGUGACUUUUCAGCAUCCGGUUAACGAUAGAAAGAAGAACAUUACCUGAGAUUUUGAGGAUGUCUGAUUUGCAAGAAAGAAAUGGGAGUGAGAACUUAAUAAUGUAAAGAUCUGUUUCAGUAAACAAUGGCUUGUUUAGGUGAAACAUACGUAAAGGCUUUUCUUAUGCCGAGCAAAGGAUCAUACACUAUAAGUUGUUGAAAAACUGCCCAUUUACAGACCCUCAUCCCAGCAACCCAAGCUCGAAGUCUUUGCAAAUGCUGGUUUAUUAUCAAAAAAGACACGUUUAAGAAAACGAGUUGAGUACACCACGAGAGACUAGUCUUGUAGAAGGAGCAAUUACACCGAGGUAAAUGGAGAACAGUUCAUUUCUCAGUAGCGCCAUUAUGCAAUAUGCUUUAUGUCCAUUCAUUCGCAGCAGUGCUUGCCUGAUUUUAAGUGUAAGAGCUGACGCACUUUUUAUCUUCCUUGUCUCAUUUAUUGAUAGCUGAUGACUCUUUUGCAGUAAGGAGAUUUUAUUAGCCUGCAUAUCUAUGAUCGUAGUUAUCCAGUUUGGAUUGAAAAGACGAAAAAUAGUAAUAUAAUGUGCCAAACAGAGCAAAUUAAGGAUAAAAUUCAGUAUAACAUGGAUGAAAAAGGAUUUUAUAUUUGAAAUUUACUUUGGUUUUACUUAAGUUCCAUUACUUUAUUCACUCUAGCAACAGGAAUAAAAUACGGUAAAUACAAGGAUGAAGCAUAUAUGAAAGCUGAGAAGAAAAAAUAAUGAGGCGUUUAAAACCUGGGCUUCUCAGGUGCUAAUAAUUAAAAACAAAAGAAGUAGCCAGAAUAAAUUUUAUGACUUCUAAUCGCACUUCGGGUAAACAAAACAGGAUGAAUGUGUUUUAGUUAUUAAAGUUAAUUCUUUCACAUAAGGGAUAAUCAUUUAUGCGUUUUCUGGUUCAUUCGCAUUGGUAUAUUUUAAUUUUGCGUAAUUAACUAUUAGAAAUCAGGGCCAAAAACUUUGCAUUCGCUUUGAUACUACAUCGAACACAUAGUCUUGGCAUCAAGGUUGUUGGUAGCUUCUUGGAAUCAAUUUGGUAUACUGUGAAAAAGGUACAUUGAAAUUAUUUGACUUUUUCCAAAAAGAGAAAGAAAGUAACCAAUAAAGCCGAACACAAUACAAGGCCGUUUAUUAGAAGGCAUUCAUUUAGUUGACGACAAUAGGCCUUUUCCACGAUGGAGUCAUUUUACUACUACUUAACUACAGAAUGCUUCCGGGUUUUUCUUUCUUGUGCAAAUUAGUCUUGGCGUUUUCAAUGAAUAUUGUUACGUUAUUACCUAUGAAAAACUUUUAAAACUCUUUCUUCUCUUUUUUAACAACAAAAAGCCACUUUGUCCCAAAUAAAACCAAAGACACCCUGUAUGUUUUCUUUCCACAUUCAGGACUAUGUGAUGUUACCCAAGAAAAGAGUUUCUUUCAAAUUUUGUCCGACCCACGUAAACACAAGUGCGACAUAAUCUAUAAACAGCUUGCACUGACAUUUGGAUUUAGAGUGUAAUGCAUCUUCCCUGAGUUUUACCUUCCCAGUCAGCCAGUUACUUUUUGGUAUAUUUUACAAUCCCUCCACUGUUUCAAAGUCGCGAUAUUGCUGAAUUGUUAAUGCCCUUGAUGAUAUUGCCACCAUUCGAUGUCGGCUCUUCCUACCAUUGCGUAGCAAUGAUUAUACUCCUUCUUCAUACUACCCUUCCUUCGCCUUAUUCUUAACGUCACCAGCCUCCGAAACACCCUAAUAUCUUACCAUUCUUCUUCACGUCCAAUAUUCGGAACAUACUUCCAUCAGGUAACAUCACCCCUUCUGACUAUACAGACUUGCCUGUUUUCAUUGCCGACCAUCAUAGCACACUAUUCAGUUUAAAAAUCCAUUCCAGUGAGACUGUAGAACAAAUAAACCCUUUGCACUGCCAAGUUAAUUUUCUUGUUAUAUUUUCCUUCCAUACAUCUUAGAAUCAUCCAAGAUAAUCAGAUGAUUGACUUUGUCCUCUUCUUUGCUUAGCUGAUAGCCAGCUUCAUACUCACGCAGUAUACCAAUGAUAGGCAAUAUUGCAAUAACAAACAUAGGGGAGAAGUGUGCAAUAUCUCCGUGCAAUAUCCCUUUCCCAAUUGCCGCUUAAACCACACCCUCGCCAGGUCUUCAUGCUUCCUUCAUUAACCGUUUACUGUUGUCUGCAGAGGAUAGAAGCUAAAGAGUUUUUUUAUUAUUAAUGAAAAAGAAAUUUAACCGUAGGCUUUUUAAUAGUCCACCCAGGCAUGCAAUCGCCAAGUUAGUUUUCUUUUUCUUGGAGUCACGUAAUAUUGCUCUAUCUAUAGGCAAUUGAUCUUUGGUUCCCCUACUUUUCUCUCGACAGCCCUUUUGUUCAUAAGUUAAUGUUGUGAUUGAUAGUAGUACAGAUUUACUACUAUAAUCCCCGUAAGUACCUACUAUCAUCAUCAUCAUCAUCAUCAUCGUCAUCAUCACCAUCAUAACCAUUAUCAUUAUUGUCACCGUCAUGGUCAUCGUCAACAUCGCCAUCCUUAUUAUUAUUGUUAUUAUUAUUAUCAUCAUCAUUAUUAUCUAUUUCAUCUUUUUCCAGGCCGUGUCCUCAUAUAAUAUGACGAACAACUCUCUAACUGGAAGGAGUUUCCAUGACCCCUUAGAACGUUCUACCAGUAAAAUAGGUUUGGAAGUGACCUUGUCCAUUCUUAUUUGCCUCACCUCCUUCGUCGACAACUUAUUAGUCGUCUAUGUUGUCCAUAGAGACUCCAGACUUAAGAGCUUAACGUAUGUAUUCAUCCACAACUUAACAUUGUCUGACAUUUCCAUGGCAUCGCUGUACAUGCCCUUUUGGGUAACAAGCCUGUAUACAGGGACUUGGAUUUUUAGCGAAACGUGGUGUGAGUUUCAAGGUGCAGUUUUGGGGACGUUAGUAAUUGCUUCUGCCCUGAAUAUGGGACUUAUCGCCUUCAACCGAUAUAUCCGAGUCGUCAAACCAGAGCUAUACAGCAGGCUUUUCCCAAGCAAGAGAGUGGCACGACUCUACUGUGCCCUGGUAUGGAUCGCUAGUCUGCUUCUCGCAACACCGCCAUUAUACGGCUGGGGCAAGAUAGUGUACCAUCCUCUUUUUACUGCCUGCUGUUUUGAUUGGAAAUUCGAAAAUAUUUCAUACGCCAUUGUUAUCGUGGGCGUAGUGUUCAGCGGAACGACAGUUUCAAUAUUUCACUUCUACUACAAGAUUUAUAAGACUCUGAAAGAAAGCACUCAAAAUCUAAAUGCCCAUAGCAUGGAAGAUAGAUUGGCCUCAUCAGGACGUCCUGAAACUGAUAUCAGACUCUUGAAAACUAGUUUCGCGGUCGUUUGUGUAUUCCUGAUGACAUGGGGACCAAUUACUUUUGUUGUGGUUCUUGAGACCGCUGGAUGCUCUAUUCCAAGGGAGAUUUUUAUAAUAUCCAUGUACCUAAUGUUCACAAGUAGUUUAGUAAAUCCAAUUAUAUACGGGAUUAUGAAUCCGCAGUUUAGAGCAGCCUUCAAAAGGGCUUUAACAUUUCGUGGUUACGGCAACAACCAAAUAUGUCACGGUUCUAGAUGA